CGUUUUGCGAGCGCGUGAAUUUUGGGUCGCCGUCGUCGUCGGUGCGCGAUCGAGUUUUUGCCAUUUCUUCAAGUUUGCGAUAAAAAAAAACCCUUACAGAACUAAUUCGAUCGGACUGUUGAACGGUCGAUUCGGAUGUUGCACUUUCUAAUCACGUUCCGGGGGGUCAGCUAGUUCGCCCGUUUUGGACAAUCACGCAAAGUGUUUAUGUUUUUAGUAAAGGGAGAUCUUCGAACAGAUCUCUCCGGGCACAAGGGAAGCGAAUUUGGGAGAUUGUGAUUGGUGCUGCACCAAAUAGAAAUUUGCGGCCCAAAAAAGUGCAUGUGAACUGUGAAGGUCCUACCGUAGCACGUGAAAGUGUUCAAGUGGAAAGAAGUUAUGAUAAAUAAUAAAUAAGAGAAGGUAGAUAAAAAAAGGGUACUGAGCCCGAAUAAAAAAACCUAGCGGAUUCCGCCGAAGAGCGCAACAUAACAGAGAGAAGAAAAGCAAAGCAGAAAAAUAAACAGCCACACGUGAGAACGACAACGAAAAGCCACAUCAAGACGAAACGAAACUAAACGAGGAUCCGGUGAAAUAGGCGAGCCCCUCGGGGAAAUGUAGCAAAAGAUCCCGGUGUUGCUUUGUGAUUUGACGAAAAGAAGAAGUUUUAAGUGAAGUGAAUAUUCAAAGUGCCCAUAUUUUGUUCUGAUAAUCGAAAAUUGAUGCUGAUUCAACGAAAAUGAGUCGCAGAGAUAAUAACGUUAGGAAGCUGUCCUUCCUAGGAUUUAACACCAAAGAGACCAGCAGCGAUGACCCGAAUCUGGUGCACCUGGACGAUGAAAUGGAAAAGGUGUUCGGUUCGUCCAGCGGGGAUCGGGAAAAGUUCGAACUGAAGCGCCUCAACGAUGACGUGCUGGUGGACCAAUCGCCCCUAAAGUACGACGAAGCACACCGAACCGACAGCGCCGAACACCAGCUACCCCUGAUCCAGCCGCUGCAGCAAUCGUCGAGCUCCCAGCGCCCGAUGGAUAGCUCCUCCGAAAAUAACAAUGGAGCACCCGGCGGAUCACCGCCGAACACGACGACCCCAACGAGUCCGAUUUCGCUUUCCUCCCGAAGUGAGACGGGCACCGGAAAACCGUCCAACGACACUACCUUGGCCGACAACACCAGCAACGAUGUUAGCGAAAAUGUGCACGACGAACCGGUGCUGGACCAGAGAACCGUCCAGGGAGAGCAAUGGGACUCGAGUGCCCGCAGGAACGUGCACUUCGACAACGGCGAGCAGCGAAGCACCCAGUUCGAGGGCAUGCAAAUUGAAGACUCAAACGAAGAACGUCGCCGCCGUACAGAACGCCACCAUCCUCACAAGUCGAGGAAGUUUUCACUUCAGGAAUACCACCCGGAGUGGAGAAGACAAAGCGGAACCGAGGGGGUUGGUUCAUCUACCAGACGCGUUUCUGUGCAACCGGAAGAUGCUACUCUGCAGGAAGCCGAUAUCGAUGAGCUUACGUCCCAUCGGUCGGAUGAUCCCCGAGCGCUGCGACGGCACAAGGUCAGCACCCACUCCCAGGGUCAAUCCCAGGGAGGCCCUUCCGUGGUCACCAUCAACCGGAAGGAAGGGGACAAACUGCACCAGGUUCUGCCUCCGAACAAAUACAAGAAGAUGUACGAUCACAGCCCCCACGAGGUGUUCGUACAGCUGGACGAACUCACCGGAAGUGGCGAGGAACGGGAGUGGAAGGAAACGGCCCGUUGGAUCAAGUACGAAGAAGAUGUGGAGGAAGGAGCCGAUCGGUGGGGUCGUCCUCACGUGGCCUCCCUGUCGUUCCACUCGUUGCUGAACCUGCGUCGGUGUCUCGAAACCGGCGUAGUUCUGAUGGAUUUGGAGGAGAAGGAUCUUCCCUCGGUGGCCUACCGGAUUGUGGAACAGAUGGUGAUCGAUGAGCUGAUUCACGAAGAUGACAAACCGGUGAUCAUGCGAGCACUUUUGUUGCGACAUCGUCAUGUGAAUGAACAUUCGCAUGGAGGUUUCCAUUUUGGACCCAGGCGGAAAUACAGCAGCUACAGCAGUCUUCAGUCUCUCUCGCUUCGAGCCGAGGAAGGAAACGGAGAAGUAAUCGUGGGGGUGCGGAGGCUAAACUCGUUCGUAAGUCCCAACCAAAGCUACACCUUGAGUCCGCCCUCGCUUCAUCCAAACUAUAGUCCAAAUCUAGCCUCGAAGCACCAAAACAGCAGCCAGCAACAGCAUGGAAACGGAAAACACUCGACAGUUCAGCGGCAACCGAGCAAUGGAAGCGGAACCGGAAGUGGACUUUUCCACCACAAUCAGCACCAACAAUCGACCGGACAUAGGAGAACCGAAAGCCAAGACAGCAGCAACUAUUGUGCCUCCGGAAUUGUGUCACCGGUUCCGAUUACCACGGUCACAUGCGGAAUGGGAAUUCGACGGAAUAAUACUCCGAUCUCGCUGACGGUUCUCGAAGAAAGUGUGGACGACAAAAAGCCUCGAAUCGUGCAAUCGAGCGAGAUCAACGGUCAUGGACAUGGGGAAACCAAGAUCAACAUGCAUGACGAAACGUACACAUCAUCACAGGAAGAUAUCAAGAUUCGACUGCAGAAAGAGUCGAUUCUUAAGCGUAUUCCGGAAGGAGCCGAAGCUACAACUGUACUGGUCGGUUCGGUUGAUUUCCUGGAACAACCAACGAUCGCGUUCGUUCGUCUGGCCGAAGGUAUUCUUAUGCCGAGCAUAACAGAGGUGCCGAUUCCGGUGCGGUUCUUGUUCAUCUUGCUGGGUCCACAGAACGCUGACUUGGAUUAUCAUGAAGUUGGUCGUUCGAUCGCCACUUUGAUGUCCAACGGACAUUUCCACGAUAUCGCCUAUAAAGCCGAUGAUCGAAAGGAGCUAUUGUCAGCUAUCAACGAAUUUUUGGAUGAUUCGAUUGUGUUGCCACCAGGAAAGUGGGAACGCCAAGCUCUACUGCCGUUUGAGGAGUUGAAAGCGAAGAGCGACAUGAUACGGAUGCGCAAAAAGAAAGCAAUAGAACAGAAGGCUAAAGUCAAGCAGCCUCCGUUGUCCAGCGAAGAGGAGAAGAAACUCUUAGCUGCUGCCGAUGGUGGAGAUGGAGGUGAUGGAGGCAAGAAACCUAGCAAGAAUCCUCUGGAGAAGACGAAUCGCUUGUGGGGAGGAUUGUUCAACGAUAUCAAACGAAGAUAUCCAAUGUACUGGAGCGAUAUUAAAGACGGCUUGAACACAGAAACGUUGGCUGCAACGAUUUUCAUGUACUUCGCGGCCCUUUCAACGGCAAUCACAUUUGGAGGUUUGGCUUCGGACAAAACCGAUAACCUUAUUGGUAUUUCGGAAACUCUUGUAUCUGCUUCGUUGGUUGGAGUGGUGUUCCAUUUACUUUCGGGUCAACCUCUAGUAAUUAUAGGCACCACUGGACCUUUACUUUUGUUCGAUGAAGCUCUAAAUGAUUUUUGCCUUUCCAACGGAUACAAUUUCCUAACGGUUAGGGUUUACGUUGGUAUGUGGCUAGCAGUGAUAGCAUUGGUUGUAUCCGCAUUUGAAGGUAGCGUCUACGUUCGACUGUUUACCCGGUUCACCCAAGAGAUCUUCUCAGCUCUGAUCACAUUGAUCUACAUAGUUGAAACUGUGAUGAAAUUGAUUUAUGUUUACGGAAGAAAUCCGCUGCUAGCUGAAUACCAAUACAAAAAUAUGACCGUUGUCCCACAGCCGCUGUUAGAGACGAACUCGUCGAUCGAUGCUUCCAAUGGCCUAACGGUAGAAAGUCUAACGGCGAUUUCCAACACAAGUAUGGCUCAGUUAUCAGAGCACCUUUUGCCACCAUUCGACCACAUCGGGCCCAAAAACCAACCAAAUACCGCCUUAUUCUGUACAAUCCUUACUUUGGGAACCUUUGGAUUAGCCUACUAUCUCAAACUGUUUAGAAACUCACAUUUCCUGGGACGUAAUGCUCGGCGAGCCCUCGGAGAUUUCGGUGUGCCAAUUUCUAUUGCUUUGUUCGUGAUGCUGGACUACACGAUUCCACAAGUCUUCACCGAGAAGCUAAGCGUACCUGAGGGUCUUUCUCCCAGCGAUGAAACCCGCCGAGGAUGGGUUAUACCUUUGGACGGAGUCCCCGGCUGGCUACCUUUUGUUGCCGGUAUCCCUGCCAUCUUGGUUUAUAUUUUGAUCUUCAUGGAAACUCACAUCUCUGAGCUGAUCGUAGACAAACCCGAACGAGGUCUCAAGAAGGGAUCCGGACUCCAUAUGGACAUUGUUCUUCUGUGCUUCCUCAAUACGGUGUGUGGAUUCUUCGGAAUGCCCUGGCACUGCGCCGCUACCGUACGAUCCGUCACUCACGUGUCGGCUGUCACCAUUAUGUCAAGAACUCACGCACCCGGAGAAUCUCCUCACAUCACCGACGUCAAGGAGCAGCGCAUUUCCGGAUUCUUCGUUUCCGUUAUGGUUGGCCUUUCGGUAACGAUGGCCCCGAUCCUUCGGUUGAUUCCGAUGUCCGUACUUUUCGGGGUGUUUUUGUACAUGGGUAUCGCAUCAAUGAGUGGCGUGCAGUUCUUUGAGAGACUGCGGUUGUUCCUGAUGCCGGUGAAGCAUCAUCCGCAGGUGCCGUUCGUGCGCCGGGUACCGACCUGGAAGAUGCACAUUUUCACCGCGGUGCAGGUGUUGGCCCUGGUUAUGCUGUGGACCGUUAAAUCAUCUCCGUUCUCCCUAGCGUUCCCCUUCUUCCUGAUCAUGAUGGUUCCGAUCCGGAAGCAGCUGGAAAAGAUGUUCACCCCGUUGGAGCUGCGAGCGCUUGAUGGCAGCCAACCGAACGAAGGAGCGGAAGAAGAGCCCGAUUUCUACGAGCAGGCACCAAUCCCUGCUUAAGCAAAAAGCAAACUAUAGUGCUAGCAAUAAGUCGAUACAAUGUAUAGUAUGUCACACAUGAUGGAACUUUUUUUUUUGCUAACGUAUUAUUUUUGUUAAGUUUCUUGAUUUAGGCGGUACUUUAACUGUUUUUGACACUCGAGUGUUUCACUGGUUCCCCAUACAGAUGGAAUCAGUAAAAAGCUGAGUGUCACAUUUGGAAGAAAUUAAAAAUAUCGUCCAUAAACGAUACAUAAAACUCUGCGUUGAAAAAGUUCGGUCAAUACUUCUAUGAAGUACUUAAAAUCUUUUCGUUAACUGUUUUGUAGGUACAAACACACCUAUUGUUGAACGUGUGAGGCGAGAUUCUAUAAAGUAUAAAAUAUAUUUUUCUACUACGUAUUUUGCGGUCGGAACACCACAAAUAAAACAAUUGGCAAACAAUAAAAAUUAUAACGUUAAAAACUAAUAUUCUUCAAACACACAUAAUUUUCACAGUCCCAGUUAAAACUCUUCAUAUUCUAUUGCAUCCUCAAAUCCUCAAAGGUACAUUUCUGCACUAUAGAUAAUGUCGUAAUCAAACCAAUAUAUAUUCAGAAUGUGCAACAAUCUGUGAUCAGUAUUAACUAAACGUGUAGGGUGGCAUUGGAAAGUGAAUGUUAUAAAGAAAGAUGGAACUAUUUUGUUGAAGCCAUACAUACGCACUACUUAGAAAAACAAGAAAUCCACACAAUCCUCAACUAAAAAAUGAAACAACACGGUGCAAAGAUCGAUCAGGAGAAGCUUACAGGAAAAAUCAGGAAUAGUUUUGCUAGAUUUUGUAAAGGAACAGACUAGUUGAACAGAGGCCAACAAACAGACACACACAGAGUAAUAUUAAUAUUUUAACAUUUUCAGCCGUUUAGAACAAAAUAUUCUACUCUGUUAGAUUUUUCUUUCUCGAGUGAGCAUCGAAAAUCACAAAACAAAUUUGUGGAAAGUGAAACGGUAAGCGUAACAAAUCAAUUUAAAAACAAGGAACAAACGCGAUCAAACUACUUAAAACAAAUAUAGAUUGGCACAUUACUAACGCAUAGACUUUCACCUUAUACAAACCAUAAAGAGCAUGUAGUUAGUACAUAACUCAUAAAGUGUAUCCCACUUGGAAAGAUUCGAAAAAAAAUGAAAUUUAUUAGCAUGAAAGUGAUAGGUACUUCUAUGGUAGCGUUCCAAAAACGUGUCCAAUUCGAAAAAUCAAACAAAAAAUGACCAACACUACAUUAAUCUGUUGCGAUUUCAAGUACUUAGAAAAGAAUUGUUAGAAAUUAUUUAGAUAUUACAUAAACACACACAGCAGUGCAAAUUUAGAUCAAAAGAAGAAGAAAAAUCCCAAUAAAAUCAUACAACUACUAA